AGCAAUCCUCGACGAUUCCGGCUACGAUCUGGGCGAAAUAUUACGAGAUCUGACUUUAGUGUACCCGUCCCGUGCUUGCUUAGCUUCGGACAUGGUGGGGAACCAUGGGCUACACUUCGGGCCAGGUUUGACCUCGUCGACAGCCAUACAUGCGCUCGCUUCCGCUUAGCGCUGCGCUAGUUUACACGUCGCCGUCAUGUCCCAUUUCACCUAGCAUCACUACCCUGAAAGGAGAUAUAGCAGCUUGGACACAGCCACGGCAAUUGGCGGUAAGUGCAGUAAUUUUCGUACGAAGCAUGCACUUCUCGAUCUCGAAGGCUGGCAAUGACCGGCAUUCGGAAGCCCGCCGGCAGAAAUUACGCCACCCUGCGGGCACUGGCGGAGCAUCCUCGACAAAGGCUCACGAUUAUGAUCGUAUAAAUAAACGUUAGUCGAUUGAAUGGCUGGGCCAUUGAUAUAAAGACACUUUGCGGCACCUGGGAGGAGUGAUCACAAACAGAUUACACCUUCGCUUUCUCACCCAACACUCGAAACCUUGAACAUGCCUCA